ACAAGCGGUUGUCCAUCAAGUUACCUGCUACCUCAGUUUUGCCUGCCAGUACUGUGGCCAGUUUACCAGAUUUGACCAAUGUCUCCAGCCACAGCGAGAUUUGGUUAAAACAACAGGGUCCAGUGUGCUAUGUCCACUUUGAUUUCUACAACGGUGCCAUGGACAGUCGCCAGGGGGCAGAGCUGGCAAUGGUCUUGAAGCAAGUUGCCAAGAUGAGCCACGUCAAGGUUGUAGUCCUCAUGGGCGGCUCGCGAUUCUUUUCAACCGGUAUCCACCUGUGUCAGAUCGAGGCCAGUGGCGAUCCAGCCAAAGAAGCAAACAACAACAUAAAUAAGAUAAAUGACGUCAUAUUGGCCAUGAGCCAGAUGAGAGACAAGUUGGUGGUGGCAGCGCUAGAAGGAAAUGCCGGAGCUGGGGGCGCCAUGAUGGCCGCAGCAGCUGACGUGGUGGUGUCAGCUCAGGGAGUUUUACUUUCUCCUGCUUAUCGCUCCAUGGGGUUGUGUGGCUCGGAAUACUGGACUCACUUUCUACCGAGAAGAGUCGGCAGGGACACGGCGUACGAGCUGAUGUAUGCCCGGCCAGACCCUCUCCUCGCGGAGGAGGCAAGAUCUCUCGGCCUGGUAGAUCACGUUCUUGGCAGGAACAAACACGAGUUCCAAGAAAUGCUCCCAGGCUUUGUGGAGAAUUUAGCCAGUGCCACCAGCUGGAAUAAGACCGUACAAGAGAAGUUCAAAACGCGGAACUCAGACUGGUUUGAUCGCCUGUCCCUGCAUCGUCAGCGCGAGUUGCACGCAAUGGAGCAGUGUUUCAAUUCCGCCGCUUUUCAGAGAGAAAGACAGAAGUUUGUCUAUAAACUAAAUGAUGAGCAACUGGUCGACGCUGCUCAAGAAAAUCCUUCAUUAAAAUGGAAGGGACAAAAUACUCAGGAAGCUAGCGUAUAUCUAUCGCUUGAUUAAAGGCAGACAAUGAGCGCAGACUCUUUUCUUCAGCAGCUUCCCUUCAGGUUUCAGUGAGCUGCUCUUGAGUGGCUCACUUUACCUAACACAAAACCGUACGCGAUACGUCAAGAAUAAAAUAUUCUAGCAAUGUACAUUUUAUUGAUCACUUAUUUUAUAAAAUUAGUUAUACAUUUAAACAAACACGUUCUACUCAAACUGUAGUAUUAUA